AUGUAUUCACAAACAUCAGUUUUGUUUAAAUACAUAUCUAAUAUCGUAUUCCGCAGCCUUCUUCGUAAAAUUUUAACAACUAUGGAAGAGGAGUGUAAAAAAUAUGCUAAUAUAGAUACAGACAAUUUAAUUUCAAAAACAGCGCAUUUGUCGUAUCGUUUGACGACUGCGAUAAUGUGUACGUAUCUAUCAUCUACGAUUUUUUAUACAGUUGGUGUCUUCACGCCACAAGGAAUUAACGUAACAUCUCGAGCACUUGUGAUAAAAAUGGAUUUACCUUUCGAUAUCAGUGCAGCGCACAUUUACGGCCUCGUUAUAAUCGUCCAAUAUUUUUUUCAAGUAUCAGCAGCCUUGAUGCUCGGCGUAUUCACUGCUUUUCUUUUAAUGGUAGUACUUCAUGUAGGUUGCCAAAUCGAUAUUAUGUGUCAGACAUUGACAAACGCUCGUUAUGUAAAAGAAGAGCAACUGAAAUUCUUCAUUGGCAGACAUCAAGAUAUUAUCAUAUUUUCCGACAAAAUUGAACAGUUCUUUACUUAUAUAGCACUUUUUCAACUUUUGUCAAGUACUAUUAUUGCCUGCUGCUUGGGCUACCUUAUUAUAAUUACAUUAAAAGAUACUAAUGAGCCAAGCAUGUUCAUAAAAUGUAUUGUGUUCUAUAUUUCUAUUUGCUUGGAGGUACUUGUAUAUUCCUUUGCUGGAGAAUAUCUCAGUGAUAAGGUUAGCAAAUAA